GGAAGUUAGUCGCCCGUUUGCACUCCUCGGUUCCGCUCCAGACCCCAGAGGCGGAAGUAAAGCUCUCUCCAGGACGUAGGGACGGCUAUUUUACAGUUUUUUCUGUUGGAAUGCAAGUCCUCUUUGCUAAAGACAAAUAAGGGCUAAAUUUAGAGUUUGAUAACCAGGACGUGAGAACAGAGGCAAAGAAGUCUGGUGUCUGUGGGCAAGGGCAAGGCCAAAGAUCUGGGAAAUUGGAAGACAAGGCAAAGUUGGAAGCAUCAGUUAAUAGGAAUACGCCAACGGUUUGGAAAUCCGGAGGAUGAAGCAGAGAUGGACACUGGCAACUGGUUUUGGGUAGCCAAGUAUUCCAAAAGGUUGGGACUACUUGACCAUUAUGGCACCACAAAACCUCUUGUAUCUGAGAAGUAACUUUCUCUGUGGGUCAAGAUGUUGGAUGUUCCAAAAUUCAGCAGACAUCCUCUUCAAAUCAGUUUCAUGUAGGCUUUUUGGUGUGAAGUGUGGUAAUGAACACAGUGAGAAUGAGCUACUGAAGAACCUACUUGUUAUGGGAGUAGAUGUUGACAUGGCGAAGAAACGACAGCCUGGAGUUUUUAAUAGGACAGGUGUUAAUGAGCAGGACCUGAAGAUGUUUCUUCUGUCAAAAGGAGCUAGCAAAGAAGUAAUUGCUAGCAUAAUAUCAAGAUAUCCACGAGCCAUAACACGCACACCUGAAAAUCUUUCAAAACGGUGGGAUCUGUGGAGAAGAAUUAUGGCAUCAGACCUUGAAAUUGUAAAUAUUUUGGAACGUUCUCCUGAAUCCUUUUUUCGGUCCAAUAACAACCUAAAUCUGGAGAAUAAUAUAAAGUUUCUCUACUCAGUUGGAUUGACCCGUAAAUGCCUUUGCCGAUUGUUGACCAAUGCUCCGCGUACCUUCUCCAAUAGCCUUCAUCUGAAUAAACAGAUGGUCGAAUUUUUGCAAGAAGUCUGUUUGUCCUUAGGUCACAGUGAUCCUAUAGAUUUUGUCAGGAAGAUAAUUUUUAAGAACCCUUUCAUUUUAAUUCAGAGCACCAAACGGAUAAAAGCUAACAUUAAGUUUUUACAGUCAACUUUUAACCUGAACAAUGAGGAGCUGCUUGUUCUGAUAUGUGGUCCAGGAGCUGAAAUCCUAGACCUUUCCAAUGACCAUGCCAAGAGAAACUACACAAAUAUCAAAGAGAAGCUGUUUUCUCUUGGGUGUACUGAAGAAGAAGUGCGGAAGUUUGUCUUGAGCUAUCCAGAUGUGAUCUUUUUGGGAGAGAAAAAGUUUAAUGAUAAAAUAGACUGCCUCAUAGAAGAACAAAUUAGCAUUUUACAAAUAAUUGAAACUCCUCGGAUUUUGGAUUCAAGCAUAAGUACUUUAAAAAGUCGAAUCAAAGAAUUGGUAAAUGCUGGCUAUAACUUGAGUACAUCAAAUAUCACUCUCCUAUCUUGGAGUCAAAAAAGAUAUAAAGCUAAAUUAGAAAAGUUAAACAUUGGUUAAAACAUUAUUCUGGGGAAUUAAAAAAAGUCAAUCUU